UUUGAUUGGCCUGCGUUUGAGCAACAUUUUACUAUUAUUGUGAGUCAAAAAGAAGUGCGAUUAGAUUUGUAAUGAAUGGUGAGUUUUCCACGGUGAAUACGCUAUAGGACAGUGUGUGUUUGUUUUAUCGUAAAAGAAACGAUAAAAAAACAUUUAUCAGAAGAAGUGUUUGUUUACCCCGCAAAAUGCAUAAUUUGUUCUGCUUGCGUCACGAAACCCAUCUGUUUGUUGACGUCUCGCAACGGAUCUGUCAAAGUGCUCAACGUGUAGGCCCAAGUGUUUACCAAAACAAAAGUGCGGCAGGCUAAAACUCAUCUCAAUCUCCAGCAAAAAUGCCUCUCAUCGUAAUCACCGGCCUGCCGCGCAGCGGGAAAACAAGCCGCGCCAAAGAGCUGGAAAAAUACUUCACCGAGCUUGGUAAAGGACCAGUGCACAUCGUGUCCGAAGCGGACUGCAUCGCUCGGUCCGGGUGCGGCGUGAAGGAGAGCUUCACCGACACGGGAAAGGAAAAGCAAAUCCGUGCCAGCCUGAAAUCGGAAGCGAUGAAACUGCUCACCAAGUCGACGCUGGUCAUCAUGGAUGGAACGAAUUACAUUAAGGGCUAUCGGUACGAAAUCUUCUGCAUGAGCAAAAACGCCCGUACGACCCAGUGCACGGUACACUGUGCCAUGACGGUUGAGCAGCGAAAUGCUCGCAGGGAGGAGAUUGUACAGAGUUCCCCGAGUGGGGAACUGGAUGCGGAAACGUUCGAUGCUCUUUGCCAGCGGUACGAGGAACCACAGGACACGAGCCGCUGGGAUCGACCCCUGUUUACCGUGUACGGUGGAGAGGAGAUGGAGCUAGCGCGCAUCAACAGCGCACUGUACGAACAGGCCCCGCUGCCUCCGAAUUUGGCCACGCAAAAUAUGCCACUGAGUGCGACCAAUUUUCUGUUCGAGCUGGACAAAAGUACGCAGACGAUCAUCGAUCAGAUAGCGGCGGCAAGGAAAAUUGGCCUGGACGGCCCGGUAGAGAUACCGCAGGCGGGCAUGCGUGCGGAAGUCCCGGCGAACAUGAGCGUGGCGCAGCUGAACCGGCAUCGGCGACAGUUUUUGAACUACGUGAAAAUGCACACGAACGUUAGCUCGGAUAUUAGCAAAAUACCGGCCAUCUUUGUACAGUUUCUCAACACAAAUACAAAUGGCGCUUAACGAUGAGCGUUUGUUGAAACAACUUAAAA